UAGGCGUCAUCUGAAGGAGCACUGGAGGAGAUCUAAGAUUUGGGUAUCUAAUCUUAGACAAGACUACUACAAAUCACGCAACACUGUUUAAACAAUCAUUUGGCCAAUCUCUCCGAUGAAGUCAUGGAUGAAUCAAACAUUUGGAGCAUGUUCAUAGGAGAUCAACUGGAAAACCGAACAAGGAAAAGACAGAGAAUAUGCAUCAAAUGUCAUGGGAUCAUAGCUGAAGAAGCCAUUCUCUCCUCUGAAAACAACUUAGUCCUACUUUGCAAGACCUGUUACGCACCUAAUCAAUGUAAAAACAAACUCUGUAGAGCUAUGGUCACCAUAGAAGACGACCACGGGGACUAUUGUGACUACAGAAGCACCAAGUGUCAACUCGGGUCCUGCUCCUGGGAAGGAUCUUGCCGACAGUUGGUGAAACACUUCAACCAUUGCAUCAAAAGGGCAGAUAUCUAUGAGUUUUCACCUUCGGGAUAUCAUAAAUUUUACAGUGAUAAACCAUUUAACAAAGACUCAGAGUAUACUGGUAUUACUCUCUACGAGUGUAUGGGGAAUUUUAAAUCUCUCAUGUGGAUAAAAUUGAUUUGUAAAGAUGUAAUUACGUUUUCCUGUCAUGCUGUGCUUACAAGGAGGCCUAAGGACGAAGAAGUGUGGUUUAGAGUGAUUUAUAACUCAUAUCUUCGGAAAUAUGAGUUUCAACUGCGACUGGACUUUGACAAAUCAAAACAGUCGUUAGAGCCGACGGACAGCAACAGUAUCCGGAUUUUAAGAAACACUUGGAUGGAUUGGUUAACAAGAGAUAGAAAUGGAGGAUUUGGAUUGUACUUUAGUGUUCAUGGUGAAUGAUAAUAUAUAUCAUUAUUGCAAUAGUUUUAUUAGUGCUUAGUUUUAUUAUAAAUUCUAGGUGAAACCCGUAAAAUUCGACGGUUACUUUCAAGCUUACGCUAAUUGUUAU